CAAAUAGCUAACUCUACUUACUCAUAGUCCAUGCUGUGGGCAACUGCUGCAACUGUUCUCUCUCUUGUCUGACAGACUUCCUAAGGUGUUACCAGGCAGAUGAAUUUUUACCAUCUACCAUAAUGAGGAGAAGAGACGUUGCCUUCUGUCUCCUGCUUUUGCCAGCUUGUAUGACUCAAGCAGUGUAUGGACAAAGAAAGAAAGGACCAAAGCCAAACACACUUGCAAGGAAAAACGACUUCCAGGAUGCCAUUUGCUUUAUAGAUGUUGUCUUUAUCUUGGACAGCUCUGAAAGCUCUAAAAUUGUACUCUUUGAUAAUCAGAAAGAUUUUGUGGACAGCUUGAGUGAGAAGCUUUUCCAGUUGACUCCUGGCCGUUCAUUAAAAUAUGACAUCAAACUGGCAGCCCUUCAGUUUAGCAGCUCAGUCCAGAUUGAUCCACCCUUGUCUUCUUGGAAGGAUCUUCAGACAUUUAAGCAUCGUGUCAAGUCUUUGAAUUUAAUUGGGCAAGGUACCUUUUCUUAUUAUGCCAUCUCCAAUGCCACAAGGCUACUUAAAAGAGAAGGGCGUAAAGAUGGCGUGAAAGUGGUUUUGCUGAUGACUGAUGGCAUCGAUCACCCCAAGAGUCCAGAUGUCCAAAGUAUUUCUGAAGAUGCUAGAAUUUUGGGAAUAUCAUUUAUCACUGUUGGACUUUCCACUGUGGUCAAUGAAGCCAAACUUCGUUUGAUAUCUGGGGAUUCUUCCAAUGAACCCGUUCUACUAUUGAGUGACCCAACACUUAUAGACAAAAUUUGGGAACGCCUGGAUGUCUUAUUUGAAAGGAAGUGUGAACACAAGAUCUGCAAAUGUGAGAAGGGAGAGCCAGGUGACCCAGGGCCUCCUGGUACCCAUGGAAACCCCGGUAUCAAAGGUGAGCGUGGACCAAAAGGAAAUCCGGGUGAUGCUCAGAAAGGAGAAACUGGAGAAAGAGGUCCUGUGGGAAUCCCUGGGUACAAGGGUGACAAGGGUGAACGAGGAGAAUGUGGGAAACCAGGAAUGAAAGGUGACAAAGGACCCUCAGGGCCAGAUGGGCCAAAGGGACCAAGAGGAAUUCAGGGCAUUGGUGGACCUCCAGGGGAUCCAGGCCCAAAGGGAUUUCAAGGAAAUAAGGGUGAGCCAGGUCCUCCUGGUCCUUAUGGUCCCCCAGGAGCCCCUGGUAUUGGACAUCAAGGUGUUAAGGGUGAAAGGGGCCAGGAAGGAAGAACAGGAGCUCCAGGACCGAUUGGAAUUGGUGAACCCGGACAGCCAGGUCCCCGUGGUCCUGAGGGAGCACCAGGAGAGAGGGGCCUACCAGGAGAAGGAUUUCCAGGACCAAAGGGUGAGAAGGGAUCUGAAGGACCAAUUGGCCCCCAAGGAUUACAAGGGCUGUCAAUCAAAGGGGAUAAGGGGGACUUGGGACCUGUGGGACCCCAGGGACCAGCUGGUAUUCCUGGUAUUGGAAGUCAAGGCGAGCAGGGGAUCCAAGGUCCAGCUGGUCCACCUGGUCCACAGGGACCCCCAGGACAAGGCUCACCUGGUUCUAAGGGAGAAGUAGGCCAGAUGGGACCCACAGGGCCCAGAGGACCAAUGGGAAUUGGAGUACAGGGUCCAAAGGGGGAGCCAGGCACAGUGGGGCUCCCAGGACAACCCGGAGUCCCAGGGGAAGAUGGAGCCUCUGGAAAGAAGGGAGAAGCUGGGCUUCCAGGAACAAGAGGCCCAGAAGGAAUUCCUGGGAAGGGACAGCCUGGCCCCAAGGGUGAUGAAGGAAAGAAAGGGAGCAAAGGAAAUCAAGGACAGAGGGGGUUUCCAGGACCCGAAGGGCCGAAGGGAGAACCAGGCAUUAUGGGCCCCUUUGGAAUGCCUGGAGCAUCAAUUCCUGGACCAUCUGGACCAAAGGGAGACCGAGGAGGACCUGGAAUGCCUGGUCUUAAAGGAGAACCUGGACUUUCUGUUCGAGGACCAAAGGGUGCCCAGGGCCCCAUGGGACCAGUGGGUGCUCCAGGUCUCAAAGGUGAUGGUUAUCCUGGUGUGGCUGGACCUCGAGGAUUGCCAGGACCCCCCGGACCAAUGGGCUUACGUGGUGUGGGAGACACUGGAGCGAAGGGAGAACCAGGGGUCAGAGGCCCUCCAGGUCCCUCUGGGCCUCGGGGUGUAGGAACCCAAGGACCAAAGGGUGAUACUGGGCAAAAGGGCUUGCCUGGCCCUCCUGGGCCCCCUGGCUAUGGAUCACAAGGAAUUAAAGGGGAGCAAGGACCUCAAGGUUUCCCAGGGUCAAAGGGCACAGUGGGCCUUGGCCUCCCUGGUCAGAAGGGAGAGCAUGGAAAGCGGGGCGAUGUGGGGAGGAAAGGCGAAAAGGGAGAAAUCGGAGAGCCUGGAUCUCCAGGAAAACAGGGGUUACAAGGACCAAAAGGAGACCUGGGACUUACAAAAGAAGAAAUUAUCAAACUUAUCAUUGAAAUAUGUGGUUGUGGGCCAAAAUGCAAAGAGACACCACUGGAGUUGGUGUUUGUGAUUGACAGUUCAGAAAGUGUGGGACCAGAGAACUUUGAAAUCAUCCAAAGUUUUGUGAAGACUUUGGCUGACCGGGUGGCCUUGGACCUUGGCACAGCUCGGAUAGGCAUAAUCAACUAUAGCCACAAGGUGGAGAAGGUGGCUAGCCUGAAGCAGUUUUCUAGCAAGGAUGACUUCAAGCUGGUGGUAGACAACAUGCAAUACCUGGGGGAAGGCACCUAUACAGCCACUGCUCUUCAAGCAGCUAAUGACAUGUUCAAAGACGCAAGGCCAGGGGUAAAGAAGGUGGCUUUGGUGAUCACCGAUGGACAGACAGAUUCCCGAGAUAAAAAGAAGCUGGCAGAUGUGGUAAAGGAUGCCAAUGACUCCAACGUGGAAAUAUUUGUAAUUGGAGUGGUAAAGAAGGAUGACCCCAACUUUGAAAUUUUUCACAAAGAAAUGAAUCUCAUUGCUACUGAUGCAGAACAUGUGUAUCAAUUUGAUGACUUCUUUACCCUGCAAGAUACUCUGAAGCAAAAGUUGUCUAAAAAAAUCUGUGAAGAUUUUGACUCCUAUCUCGUACAAGUUUUUGGAUCAUCAUCUUUUCAACCUGAAUUUGGGAUGUCUGAACGAGAGGUCAGCACAUCCACUCCAAAGCCUGCAAAAGAAAUUUCUAAGUUGUUUAAUGUCUCCAGAGGCCAUAAUGAAGAGACUGAACCUUCUGUGUUGACUGAGGCUGGUAACUUGGCCAUCCCAACCCCACCUGAGGCCACCCAUACACUUGAGCCAUUGCUCAGCAGCCCUGAAGGAGUGGAAACAAGAACUCCAAAUCCCAAUUUGUUGCAGUCAGAAAAAUCUCUGUACAAAGAUCCAAGAUGCGAGGAAGCCCUGAAACCUGGAAACUGUGGCGAUUAUGUGGUUCGCUGGUAUUAUGACAAACAAGCCAACUCUUGUGCUCGCUUUUGGUUCAGUGGUUGCAAUGGCUCAGGAAACAGAUUCCACAGUGAAAAGGAGUGUCGAGAAACUUGCGUUAAACAGUGAACAAACACAGUAACGGGCUUCAAUCAGACGUUUAGAAAGAGCUUGAUAUAAACCGUGCACCACAUCUGAGCAUACACUAAGUAGUGAUCGUUCAUAAAUGUGAAAGAGCCCUCACGACCACCUCCUAGGGGUACAGUCUGAUUAACUGCCUACACAGCUGAGGGGUGGGAGAAUGAGAGAUCUGGAUUCAAUCUGGAAUGAGAGAUCUGUAUGUAACUUUAGAACACAGAUUUUAUCUG